AUGGCGCGGCGAGCAGAGUGUGGGACGCAGGCCAGCGUGAGGGUGGGCUUCUGGUGCGCGAGGGGGGGCGUGCGCGUCCGUGGUUGGAGUGCGCUAGUGACGAAGAAACCAGGGUUGGGUUGGGCCUGUUGGCCGAGGGGCGCGCAGGCGGCUACCAAAGAGGUCGCUCUGGAUUCGCUGCGUGUCCCAGAAUGCUCAACUGCGCCGAGCGUGCCGAGCGAUCAGCCUCCUGUCGCGGCGUUCGCUGCGGAUUUGGCACGCACAACGAGCGUGGCAGGGGGGGAGGGCCAGGAAGCGUACGUCGGCGAGUGGCGGCGAACGGCGACGACGAUAGCAGCAGAAGAGAGAUGUGUCCGAGGGCAAGUCUGCUUUGGAGGCGUCUCGUGGGUUAAGAGACUGGCGAGGCUGGGCAGACGAAAGAGGUGUGCAGUUUGCAGUGCAGCGUCGUGCAGUGCAGCCAGUGGGUGCAGCGCAAAGCAGACCAGGGCAGAUCAGAGCAGAGCUGCGAGGGUGCAGCGGUAG